AGGGAGUGAGGGAGGAGAGUUCAGUUUGGCUCGGGUGUCCGCGCGUCGCGGCUGCAGCGGGCGCCGGCGAGGGAGCGCCGAGGGAACCGGUCGCCCAUCCCGGGGCGGCCAGGGCAGGGCAGGGAGAAGCCGGAUACUAGCGCGCCGGCGGGCGCGGAACGGGCAAGCCUGGCCAGCGAGGGAAGCCGCGGGGGGCGCGCCCGGGGCGGGCCCCCCGAGCCGCGCAGGAUGCCCCACGAGGAGCUGCCGACCUUGCAGAGACCCCGCUAUGGCUCUAUUGUGGAUGAUGAACGGCUCUCUGCAGAGGAGAUGGAUGAAAGGAGGAGGCAGAACAUUGCUUAUGAAUAUUUAUGCCACCUAGAGGAAGCCAAAAGGUGGAUGGAAGUCUGCUUACUGGAAGAAUUGCCACCAACCACUGAGCUGGAAGAAGGGCUCCGGAACGGAGUUUACCUUGCAAAGUUAGCCAAGUUCUUUGCCCCCAAAAUGGUAUCGGAGAAAAAGAUCUAUGAUGUGGAACAAACACGUUAUAAGAAGUCUGGCCUUCAUUUUCGACACACAGAUAACACCGUCCAGUGGUUAAGAGCCAUGGAGUCUAUUGGUCUACCCAAGAUAUUUUAUCCAGAAACAACAGAUGUCUAUGACCGGAAAAACAUACCAAGAAUGAUCUAUUGCAUUCAUGCAUUGAGUUUAUAUCUGUUCAAACUAGGCAUAGCACCCCAGAUCCAGGAUUUGUUGGGCAAAGUGGACUUCACAGAGGAGGAAAUCAGUAAUAUGAGAAAGGAGCUCGAGAAAUAUGGAAUACAGAUGCCGUCUUUCAGCAAAAUAGGUGGCAUUCUGGCUAAUGAACUGUCCGUGGAUGAAGCUGCCUUGCAUGCUGCUGUUAUAGCCAUUAAUGAAGCUAUUGAAAAAGGAAUAGCAGAGCAGACCAUUGUAACACUAAGAAACCCAAAUGCCGUUUUAACUUUAGUGGAUGACAACUUUGCACAGGAAUAUCAGAAGGAACUCUGGGAAGCCAAAAAGGGAAAAGAAGAAAAUGCAAGGCUGAAGAGUAACUGUAUUUCUGAGGAAGAAAGAGAUGCAUAUGAAGAACUGCUGACACAGGCGGAAAUCCAAGGCACUAUCAAUAAAGUCAACAGACUAGCUGCAGUGGACCACAUCAAUGCUGUCAUUCGGGAAGGUGACCCCGAGAAUACACUGCUUGCACUGAAGAAACCCGAGGCCCAGCUGCCUCCCGUUUAUCCCUUUGCUGCUGCGAUGUAUCAGACCGAACUUUCCAACCUCCAGAAGCAGAAUGCCAUGAACUACUUGGCCCACGAGGAGCUCUUGAUUGCGGUGGAGAUGCUGUCCGCCGUGGCUUUACUGAACCAGGCCUUGGACAGCAGUGACCUUGUGUCUGUGCAGGGUCAUCUCAGAAGCCCAGCAAUAGGCUUCAACAAUCUGGAUGAGACGUGUGUGGAACGGUAUGCACAUGAACUGCUCUCCUUGAAAUUGGAAGUUUUGUCCCAAGGGCAAGAGAACUUAAGCUGGAAUGAAAUUCAGAAUUGUAUUGAUAUGGUUAAUAUUCAGAUUCAAGAAGAAAAGGACCGAAUUGUGGCGGUAGGGCACAUCAAUGAAGCUAUUGAUGAAGGGAACCCUUUAAAGACUGUAGAAGGUCUGCAGUUACCUACUGCUAAAAUUGAAAACGUGGACCCAAAUGAAGCCCAGCACUACCAGGAUGUUUUAUACCAUGCGAAAUCACAGAAACUGAAGGACCCUGAGAGUGCUUCUAAAAAUCUUUGGCUGGACGAGAUACAGGACGCAGUCUGCCAGGCCAACACGGACCGGGACAGAGCAAAGCAAUGGGUUACACUGGUCAUUGAUGUUAAUCAGUGUUUGGAGAAAGAAGAGACAAGUGAUAUCUUGUCUGUUUUGAAGUCUAACGUCUGCAAUACAAACGACGUAAUCCCUGAAUGUGCUGACAAGUAUUACAAUGCGCUUGCAAAGGCAAAAAAGCAAAAAUCUGGAAAUGUGUCUGCUGAAGGUCCAUGGCUCAAACUCACCCUGCAGGAGAAAUAUGAUUACUACUACAAUAUUGAUUCAAAAGAGAGCUCCUGGGUCACACCGGAAUCUUACUUGCAUAAAGAAUCAUGGCUCAUGGGAAAAGAAAUUGAGGACAUUGUUGAGGAAAUCACAGCAGGUUACAUUCGUGAGAAGAUGUGGUCUGCUUCUGAAGAUAUGCUUCUUCACUUUCAAGCCACAAGCGCAGGACCCCUCCUUAGGAAAGAGUAUGAAGCUAGGAAAUCAUUUUUGUAUGCACAGGAAGAGCAUGUGGUCAAAAUACAGGCGUUUUGGAAGGGACACAAACAGCGGAUGUCAUAUCUCCGCAGGAAGCAAAUGUUCAUUGAUCACAUUCCCUCCAUCGUGAAGAUUCAGUCCUGGUUCCGGAUGACCACAACACGAAGGAAUUACCUUUCACGACUGCAGUAUUUCAGAGAUCAUAAAAAUGAAAUCGUGAAAAUACAAUCACUAUUGAGAGCAAGCAAAGCCAGAGAUGACUACAAAACACUGGUUGGCUCUGAAAACCCACCAUUAUCAGUAAUCCGCAAAUUUGUGCACCUAUUAGACCAAAGUGACUUGGAUUUCCAGGAGGAGCUGGAGGUUGCACAAUUAAGGGGAGAAGUGGUGACCAAGAUCAGGGGCAACCAACAGCUAGAGAAAGACUUGAACCUGAUGGACAUCAAGAUUGGGCUCCUGGUGAAGAACAGGAUCACACUUGAGGACGUAAUUUCACACAGAACAAAGCUGAAUAAGAAAAAGGGUGGAGAAAUCCAAGUACUGAAUAACACGGACAACCAGGGAAUCAAGAGUUUGAGUAAGGAGCGGAGGAAAACACUAGAGACCUAUCAGCAGCUGUUUUAUCUUCUACAGACCAAUCCUUCCUACCUGGCUAAGCUGAUUUUUCAGAUGCCACAGAACAAGUCUACUAAGUUUAUGGACACUGUCAUUUUCACACUAUACAAUUAUGCUUCCAAUCAGCGAGAAGAAUAUCUACUCCUCAAGCUUUUUAAAACUGCUCUGGAGGAAGAAGUAAAAUCAAAGGUGGACCAGGUGCAGGACAUAGUCACGGGGAACCCUACAGUCAUCAAGAUGGUGGUCAGCUUCAACAGAGGGGCCCGUGGACAGAACACGCUGCGCCAGCUCCUGGCUCCGGUGGUGAGAGAGAUCAUCGACGACAAGUCCCUGGUCAUCAACACGAACCCUGUGGAGGUGUACAAGGCUUGGGUGAACCAACUAGAAACACAGACUGGAGAAGCCAGCAAUCUGCCUUACGAUGUGACUGAAGAACAAGCUCUGACAUACCCAGAAGUGAAAAGCAAACUGGAUGCAUCCAAUGAGAGCCUGCGAAGUGUCACAGACAAAGUCCUGAACUCCAUCAUCUCCUCCCUUGACCUACUGCCUUAUGGACUGAGGUAUAUCGCCAAAGUACUGAAGAAUUCGAUCCAUGAGAAGUUUCCCGAUGCAACAGAAGAUGAGCUAUUAAAGAUUGUCGGGAACCUCCUGUACUAUCGGUACAUGAACCCAGCGAUCGUAGCUCCCGAUGGCUUUGAUAUCAUCGACAUGACAGCUGGCGGUCAGAUAAAUCCUGACCAGAGGAGGAACUUGGGAACGGUGGCCAAGGUCCUGCAGCAUGCAGCCUCCAACAAGCUGUUUGAAGGAGAAAACGAGCAUCUCGCAUCUACAAACAAUUAUUUAUCAGACACAUAUCAGAAGUUCAGGAAGUAUUUCAAAGAAGCGUGUGAUGUUCCUGAGCCAGAAGAAAAGUUUAAUAUGGAUAAAUACACAGAUGUGGUGACAGUCAGCAAACCAGUGAUUUAUAUUUCAAUUGAAGAAAUCAUCAGCACACACUCACUCCUGCUGGAACACCAGGAUGCAAUCGCGCCUGACAAAAAUGACUUACUGAACGAACUGUUGGAAUCACUGGGGGAAGUACCUACUGUGGAGUCUUUUCUUGGGGAAGGAGCUGUCGACCCCAAUGACCCUAACAAGGCAAACACACUAAAUCAGCUUGCAAAGACUGAGAUUUCCCUUUCCUUGACAAGCAAGUACGACCUGGGGGAUGGUGAAGGUUUGGAUGGCCAAAGCCUCAUGAUAAAGACCAAAAAACUGAUAAUGGAUGUGAUCCGGAACCAACCAGGAAGCACAUUGACAGAAAUCUUAGAGACACCAGCAACGACACAACAGGAAGUGGACCAUGACACAGACAUGGUGAGCCGAGCCAAGAAAGACUCCAAGACUCCAGAAGAAAUGAAGGAUAACCAGUCUAUGGUCAAAGAUGCACAGCUGCCGCUUGAGCAGAAGAAGAGGAAAAUCCAGAGGAAUCUUCGGACAUUGGAACAGAUGGGACACGUGUCAUCCAAAAAUAAAUACCAAGACAUUCUCAAUGAGAUUGCCAAGGAUAUUCGAAAUCAAAGAAUCCACCGUAAGCUUCGAAAAGCUGAGCUGGCCAAACUGCAGCAGACCUUGAAAGCACUUAACAAGAAGGCAGCGUUUUAUGAAGAUCAAAUCAAUUACUACGACACUUAUAUAAAGACUUGCCUGGACAACUUGAAAAUAAAAAAUUCUCGGAGGUCAAUUAAAAUGGACGGAAAAGGAGAACUGAAGGGGGCGAAGAGAGCAAAGCCAGUGAAGUACACGGCUGCCAAGCUGCACGAGAAGGGCGUGCUGCUGGGCAUAGACGACCUGCAGACAAACCAGUUUAAAAAUGUUACAUUUGAUAUCAUAUCUACUGAAGACGUAGGCAUCUUCGAUGUCAAAUCCAAAUUUCUGGGUGUGGACAUGGAAAAGGUGCAGCUCAAUAUUCAGGAUUUACUUGAGAUGCAGUAUGAAGGAAUAGCGGUAAUGAAAAUGUUCGAUAAGGUUAAAGUGAAUGUAAAUCUUCUCAUAUACCUGCUGAACAAAAAGUUCUAUGGGAAGUGAAGCGCCUGCAGAAAUUUCAUGGACUCGGUGACACCUGGAUCGGGGCAUGAAUCUGUUUCCUAUUUUUGUUUUAAACAUGAUUGAAAUCACUGCUUAUAAACGUGUGAUUUUUUUU